AUGAUCCCGACGCCAGACCUCUCACAUCUGACCACUGCGGACUAUGAGCACGUUUACAAGCCUGCGGAGGACACAUUUAUCCUGCUUGACGCGCUUGAGCAGGACGCGGACGAGCUUCGCGAAACAAAGCCUCUGGUGUGCCUGGAGAUAGGGUCUGGUUCAGGCUGCGUCUCCAGCUUCGUCGGGGCCAUCCUCGGGCACUCGUGUCUGUACCUUUCUACGGACAUCAAUCCUCAUGCCGCCUCAUGCACACUGCGAACUGCGCGUCAGAACAAGACGGCCGUAGACCCCAUCGUCGCAAGCCUGGCAGGCCCGGUGCGGACGCGUCUGCACCGCAGCAUCGAUCUCCUCAUAUUCAACCCUCCCUACGUUCCGACUUUCGAUGAAGAAGCGUACGGUGCGCAGAGCACCGCCGGGAUUGCGGGCGCGUGGGCAGGCGGGAGGGAUGGCAUGCAGGUCACGGACGCGCUGCUGGACGACCUGGACAAUCUGCUGUCUCCGACAGGCCUGUUCUACCUGGUAGCAGUCAAGCAGAACGACGUGCCCGGAAUUCGAAGUCGGAUGGAGCAGGAGUCCGGAUUUCGGAGCGAGGUGGUGUUGCAACGAAGAGCAGGUCGGGAACAUCUCUUCGUAGUACGGUUCACGCGCUAG